AUGGACACUGGCAGAACUCCAAGGAAGCAGAAGAAAUUCAUUCAAGGGGCAGGUUAUUGGACUUGUACAUGCGUGCCAGUUUAUGAGAUUGCCGCUUAUACUUCUAAACAUCAUCGUUAUCAUUGUGAAGCUGGUCUCCGGUUGAGGUUGAGGAAGAAAAUAGUUCAUAGCUUGGCUUAUGUAUUAUCUUUGUACAUUGAUAUAUUACAGAGUCGUUCGCACUCGAGGGUUUGUGCACGCCAAAUGCCCAAAGGUAAGGAGUAA